AUGGGUCAGGGGCUUAGUGUUGGGGUUGAUGAUAGCACCAAUCAAUGCCUCUGUAAGACAGAUAUUAAACCUGGGUUGUUUUCUAAGAAGAAAGGGUCAAAGAAAUUAGAAGCAAACUUAUUUAAAAUUGAUAUAUAUUGGGAUCUCUCUUCGGCUAAAUUUGGAUCCGGGCCGGAGCCAUUAAAGGGAUUUUAUGUGGGGCUAGUAUUUGAGAAGCAAAUGAUUCUGCUUCUUGGAGACAUGAGGAAGGAAGCUUUGAAGAAAACAGGUAGCGUCCCUGCCCCAUUACCAUUUAGUGCUGUUCUUAUAUCAAAGAGAGAACAAAUUUUUGGGAAGACGGUAUUCAGCACUCGGGCUCAGUUUUGUAACAUAGGCAAAAUACAUGACCUUGUGAUUGAAUGUGAUACCAAUGGCGUUUCUGAUCCGUGCCUUGUGAUCCGUGUUGAUUCUAAGCUGAUGAUGCAAGUGAAGCGCCUCCUGUGGAAGUUUCGAGGAAACGACACCAUCUUGGUGGAUGGCCUUGCUGUACAAGUAUUUUGGGAUGUGCAUAAUUGGCUCUUUGCAAUGUCUCCUGGAAAUGCAGUGUUCAUGUUCAACUCCAACUUUCCAUCUGACAAGUCAUGGACAAGCCAACCUCUCUACGAUCCCCACACACUGCGUUGGUCGUGGUCUCAAAGAUUCCAAGAUUUCCAUUCACAAAGUCUUGGUUUCUCAUUAAUUUUGCAUGCUUGCAAGAAUGAAUGA